AUGGCUAUCUGGGGCUAUGUUGCACUGCCGGAUUUGCCCUCUAACACGAGGGUGUUUUGGCUGAAGCCACACGAGAAAGAGCUUGCACGACUUCGCAUGAAGAAGGCUGGCAAAGCUUCCGGGGAACCAGUUACGUGGGCUGGGAUGAAGAGAGUGUUGGGAAAAUGGCAUUUCUGGGUUUAUACUGCGUACUACACGUUCUUCAUUUGCAGUGAAAAUAUCGGAUCAUACAUGAAUCUUUGGCUGAAGAGUUUGGAUAAAUACUCGGUUUCAGAGAUAGAUACCUACCCAACGGUCAUGUACGCAAUUACGAUUGUCACCAGCUUGCUCUAUGGCUGGACGAGCGAUUAUAUUAAGCUUCGAAGUCCGAUCGUCUUCUUCUCACUGACCGUUUGCUUUUUUGCGGCCGUCAAUUUGGCCGUAUGGGAUGGAGUGCCUUUUGGUCUGAAAUGGGCUUCUUACUACCUUACUGGAUUCGCGCAGGGAUCCGGUCCUGUCUUCUUGACAAUGGUCAAUGAGGUCUGUGCUGGUGACAGUCUUGAGAGAUUGAUUAUCCUUGGAUCAACCAACUCUGUCGCGUAUGCAUUCAAUGCUUGGAUCCCACUCCUGUCAUAUAACACGGAGUAUGCGCCCAGAUUUCUGGUGGGAAAUUCGAUCACAGUUGCAUUGAUCGUCUGUGCUGCGAUUACGCUCGUACUGGCUAUAUAUUUGGAGAAACGGGAAAAUAUGAGAAACGCGAGUGUCGGGAAUACCAGCAUCGUUACAAGCGGGGCAGAUGAAUGGAGUGAAGGGGAUAAAGGGGGGGAGGAGGAGCCCCAAGGGGCGGUUAGGGUUUGA